GGGCGAGGUAAAGAAAAGGGGGAAUUUGCUGUGGACCCUGAAAGCUGGAGUGAGGAUCCUGGAGGUGUAACUCUAGGGUGGAUGGGCUGUGUGCGUCUGUAUUCACGUGUUUAUAGAAAAUGCAAGAAAUGGCUGAGAAACUCUGAAAGGCUGGGGUGAAAAUAAAUGCCUCGUACCAUUUGGACGACUGGGCUUCGAUGUGGAAUACUGGGAAGUAUGGUUUGCUGUUCAGAUUAGACAAUCAUUUAGUGGGAGAAAUGAUUCCAAUCAAUGAAUCAAAAUUGCAGGCCCCAAAUAAGUCAGACACAGGCGUUCUUUUACACUAGAAGAUGUUAAGACCAAGGAACUUCUGAAACGCUGCUGAGGACCAUCAUCCUUAGUACACAGGAUGGAAAGUUGAUGUCCAGUAAGACUGAAGAUCUAUUCUGCGUUACGGAGCUGUGGAUUACCUGUGGGUCCCUGGUGAUUUCACGCCUUCAUUCACUCCUGCAGUCCCUGAACAUUUACUUGGGGGUCCUCAUUGCCCUGUCUGGUGAGAGAUGGCCUCCAGCCUGACUUGUACGGGAGUAAUUUGGGCUUUGCUCUCUUUUCUUUGUGCUGCCACCUCCUGCGUGGGGUUCUUUAUGCCUUACUGGCUCUGGGGAUCACAGCUGGGCAAGCCUGUGUCCUUCGGUACCUUCCGGAGGUGCUCCUAUCCUGUGCAUGAUGAGAGUCGGCAGAUGAUGGUGAUGGUGGAGGAAUGUGGGCGCUAUGCCUCCUUCCAGGGCAUCCCCAGCGCAGAGUGGAGGAUCUGCACCAUUGUGACCGGCCUGGGUUGUGGCCUCCUCCUCCUGGUGGCGCUCACAGCCCUCAUGGGUUGCUGCGUUUCUGAGCUCAUCUCCAGGACCGUGGGAAGAGUGGCUGGAGGAAUUCAGUUUCUUGGGGGCUUAUUGAUUGGUGCUGGCUGUGCCCUCUACCCCUUGGGCUGGGACAGUGAGGAAGUCCGACAGACUUGUGGCUACAUUUCUGGCCAGUUUGACCUGGGGAAGUGUGAAAUCGGCUGGGCCUACUACUGCACUGGAGCAGGUGCCACUGCCGCCAUGCUGCUGUGCACAUGGCUGGCUUGCUUCUCAGGCAAGAAGCAGAAGCAGUACCCAUACUGAGAUGGAACCGCCAAGAGCAGACAGAGGAGAAGACGGGCCAAAGGGGCUUGGAGAGGUCAAACAUUCAGCUACCUUCAAAAGGCUGGAUAGGAACUCUGAUCCAACACAAUGCUAGUAACACGAAACCCGAUAAAAUCAGGAACAUGAUAUAGGAGGGAAGGGGUAUAGGAGAUUAGUGAAAAAACAAAGUGUAGAAUGAUGGAGACAAAUGGACCAAAGGCUAAAAAUACUGCAGGGCAUCGGGUGUUUCCAUUCCACACGGUAUUAUUAAUGUAACACACACACACACACACACACAUACACACAGCAAAUCUAUAUAUGCAAACAAGGGUUUUGUUUUUGUUUUUGUUUUUUUAAGGUGAGGACUCAAAAUCAAAAGGGCUCAAAGAAACAGUGUUAUGUUGGGAAGCAGGGUACCCCCAAAGAUGUCCCCUGUAGGUCACGGCACUCCUGAAAGCACACAAGCACAUUAUAGACGUAUGCAUCCCCACACACGCCCGUGCACAAACAAUGUGGCUUGUCGCACAGACUGUACGGGAGGCAUAGUGGUGCAUUACUCCUCUGUUUUCUUUUUAAUAUGCAUUUAAAAUACAGUAUUAUCACUUUAUAAAGCAUACAUUAAACCUAAUAAGUGGACCGAUAAGCCAAACUAUCAGUAUUUUGUAUAUCCUGCAUAAACUCUAAUUUAGUUCCUCAACCUGUUUUCAGUGUUUAUGCGGAAAUUUAGAGUUAAGCUUUUGUAUUUCAAUGUUAUUCAACUAUCUGCAGUAUUUCUCUGAGUAGCUUCUGCUAUGAUAUUCUUAUGAAGUAAAGGGGCAACUUUCUGUCCACAGUAGGAGAGAAUUCAGCCGAAGAUAUGAGAGUGAUGAGAGACAUUUUUCAGUCAUUGGAUCAUGUUUUCUUUUGUCCAUUAUUGUACUGUGCUGUACCACAUUUAUUUCUAUAUUCAUUUUGUAAAAAAUUUUAAAGUGCUAUUUUGUUUGUAUUUGGAAAUCUCUGUGAAUAAAUUCUCUCUUUGAUCAAUA